CUGUCGCGCUUCCUGCCUUUGCUGAGGGAGGGGACGGUGCUGACGGCUGGGAGGACGAAAGGAGAAAGAAAGCCUUCGGGAAGAUAAAGAGAGAGGGGAACGGACCGGGUUUCCACCGUCCGUCGGGAGAUAAACACCCCGGUUUUCAUUAGCUGCUGGAUUUGUCACCGAAUCGGCGCUGAAAAUGUCGACCAGUCGUCAGCUUAGCGAGAGCAGGGCCAUCCCGACCAGGACGGUGUUGAUCAACGACACAACGCAGCUACCUCAUGAUUAUUGUACCACCCCUGGAGGCACUUUAUUCUCUACCACCCCUGGAGGAACUCGGAUCAUCUAUGACCGCAAGUUCCUUCUGGAGCGGCGUAACUCUCCCAUUGCCCAGACUCCACCAGCACACCUUCCCGUCAUCCCUGGAGUGACCAGCCAACACGUCCUAAGUGAGAACCAGAAGAACGAAGCCAAGAAACACAUCAAUAACCAUGAUGGCAAGCCCGCAACCGGUGACGAUGCUCAGUUUGAAAUGGACAUCUAGCUGACUGCAGCCGCGCCAGCAAAAGCAGAAGACCUGGCACCACGCGUGCCAGUGGCUUGGCUUGUAGAAACCAAUGUUGUGAGCCCUCAUGGCAGCCAUCUUCUUUAGCUCGUUGUCUCACUGCUGGAUGUCAUGUGUGUCAGCCAUGGAGAUUUAUUAUACAUACAGGUACGGCAUUGGCCAACUCUGGAAGCUAGGCUUAUUUGAAUAGAUUUCCAUGGUUACCAGUAUGCUGUACACAUCAACUACCACACAACAAGGUGAGCCUGAAUAUAAACGACCCAAACAAACUGUCAAAUUAGACUGCAGUGCUCAUUUUACAGCUUUCUGAGUCAAGUUCCUUAACAGAGCACAGUGCAAAACUGGCAAUAUUUCUUAAUAAUUGGGGGAGGAUAAUAUUUAUUACUGGCCUUAUUAUGAGUCUAAAGCUUUGAUAUUCAUUCCAGAUUUUGGUUUUUAAAGGCCCUUGUAAGGAUGUUAUUUAAAUAAUCUUUUGGUUUUUGGAUCUACUUGAAGAGCCCCGCAAUCUAUUAUUGGUUGUUUGGUCGGGUUAUUUCCCCCUGACGAUAUGUAAAGGGAUGCUGUGUAGUUGUUUUUUUUUGUAAUUAGGUAAGAAAAAGAAAUCUCACGCCAUUCCAAGAUUGUACUCGUCAUUACCAACACAAGUCUGUGUGCGUUUCCAAUUGUCAGGGGAAACCAUUUCUCUAAAAUAAAUCUUAGUAGAGUGUUUUAUUGGUUUCUAAUCAUAGAAUGAUUGUAUUUGCCACUAUUGGGUGAAGCUAAUUGUAAAUCCAGCAACUGCAAACAAGCUUUUCAUGAGAAAUAAAUUGAAGUGUAGUAUGAGAAUGUCAAACCACUGAGGAUCAUCGCUGUCCUGAUUUUGCUAUUCAUUUUAUUAAUACAUUUGACUCCUGCCAAGAAAAGACAAUACACCUUUAACAACUACUUUUAAUGAUCAGGUUUAUUGUUUUGUGCUCAUUGUCAGUUUAAUUGAAGGGGGAAAAAUUAUUGUUGGUGUUUUUAAAAAAAUAUCCAGAUAAGCAUUCAGGACAAUUUGGAAGUGGUUCAUUCCCAGUGUUUGACUGAAAUUCAAUAAGAAUUUUAACAAAAGAACUUGAAAUUUGAAUUUAUUUUUUUUAUAUGCAUUUUAUUUUUAAUACUGUUUGUUAGUAUUUUGUUUGGAUGCAGCACUGUUCGGCCUUCAAAUAUCUCCAACAUGUCAAAGAACAGUUUGUGUCAGGCUUGAUGGACACUGCUUCUUCAUCUACAAAUCUGUCCCCAGUGUCCUUAAUCCAUUCUUUUUUUUUCUCACGUGUCAUGUCUGAUCAUGCCUUACCUGACAUGAAAUGCAGUAACUAAACCUAGGUCAUUGAGUCAUACUUUUCAACAGAUGUUUAUUUUUUCACUGUAACAUUGAACAGGCAACAUUGUAGUUAGCACUUGGGGAAAACAAAUACAUUUUUUGUUUUUCUACAUAAUUUGCUCCCUCGUGCAGCUGAUCCGUUUGAAGGAUAAUGACGUUCAUGUCAUUGUAGGGAAGUUCAGAUGUUGAGGCCCCCUUUAUUACACACCAGUCAUCAUGGUCCUGCUAAUUGUACUAUGCCCAAGUGGUAACCAGAGAGAUUUUUUUCCAUCUAAAAUUAAUUAAUUCAGGUUUGUUUCUCUGUGUAACUGGAGCCACUGAAAGGUUGAUUUUUAAUCUUCAGCUUUGUAUUUUAACUCUGGCCAUGUGUUGUGAUAAGUCCAUCGAGGGGUCUCUUGAAUCCACUUAGCUUUGCACAUUUUUGGUGAAAAAAACUCUUUCUAUAUUCAGUUUGGUUUGACAACGAGGGCUUAACAUUGUGUUUAAAAGAGAUGUGAAACAAAAUAACUGUAACAUCUGCUCUGUUUUUAAACAUUAUCUUAAUUGAAACUUUGACGGCAGUGGACAUUGUUUCAACAAGAUCAAUAAAAUUCUAUAACAGAGGAAAAACA